UAAAUAUAAAACCAAAGCAGUGCAAACCAAAAACCACAGCCACAAAAUCCACAAAACGCAUUCGAAAAAGAUUUCAAAGCAAGAAAACCGCAGAAAAAAGCAAGAAGAAAAUACGCGUGCCAAAUAUUUGCGCACACCAAAAAAGGAAAAAAAAACAAAGUAUCAAAUAAUCAAAAAGGGAAAUUCAAGAGCAUAAAAAAAGAAACGUCAAAUAACGCUGGAGAUAGGAUUGAGACCAAAAAAACCGAAGAAAAUUAAGACAUUUACCGAAACAAAUGUUGGUGGGCAAAUUGAAGAGACAUUAGCGUAUAAAUACCUGGCAGUAGGUUAACUAAUUGACCUACACGGACACACACAUACCCACACACGCCUACACAGACACACCUUGGCACAUAAAAACAAAAGCUCACAUACUUAGGAUAGCUCACACACGUAGAUACUGAAAAGGAGCAAAGGAAGAAAAGAAGGACGCCUUCUCAUCAAGAACCAUUGUUGACACCAACAACGCGCGCCGCUGAACUCACUGACCCACUCAAACCGUCGCCUGGUUUUUGUCUUCUGUGGCCUUUGUUUUGUUUGCUGUUUCUCUAGAAAGCCAGCAUCUACUUAGCGGUAGCUGAAAGGUGAGGUGUCAUCUCCCACUCCCAGUAUUACUACCCAUACAACGUGGCGACUACUACUAUUUAACCAAGGUGACGAGGCAAGGAUUGCUAACCACUUUGUUGCAGCCACAGGCCAGUUUUAAAGCAGAGCCACUUUCACUCCUUCUGCUGCUCUCCUGCUCCUGCUCAUCCUUCACCGGCUUCUCUAUCCAACCACCAUUAGCAUCAACAACAAGAGAAAGAGAACAGAAACGAAGGCUCAGUCCCAGGCACAGGCGCAGGCAGAGGCAGAAGCAGGCAGCAGAGAAAGAGCUAUUCAACCUAAAAACAACGCAAACAACAAUCCAAGGACAUGGACUCGUCGUCGUCGUGCACGCUGUUUGCCGUGUUGAUCUUCCUUGUGAUAAUUAAAGAAAGCUGUCAGGGACCACACGAAAAACGUUUACUCAAUCACCUGCUCUCCACCUACAAUACACUGGAGCGACCCGUUGCCAAUGAAUCGGAACCGCUUGAGGUUAAAUUUGGACUGACGCUGCAACAAAUCAUCGAUGUGGAUGAAAAGAAUCAGAUUCUGACCACAAAUGCGUGGUUAAAUUUGGAAUGGACUGAUUAUAAUUUACGUUGGAAUGAAACUGAAUACGGUGGAGUUAAGGAUCUUCGAAUAACGCCAAAUAAACUAUGGAAGCCCGAUGUUCUUAUGUAUAAUAGCGCGGAUGAGGGAUUCGAUGGCACGUAUCACACCAACAUUGUGGUCAAACAUAACGGCAGUUGUCUGUACGUGCCCCCUGGUAUCUUCAAGAGCACAUGCAAGAUAGACAUCACGUGGUUCCCAUUUGAUGACCAACAUUGCGAAAUGAAAUUCGGUAGUUGGACUUACGAUGGAAAUCAGUUGGAUUUGGUUUUGAAUUCCGAAGAUGGAGGGGAUCUUUCCGAUUUCAUAACAAAUGGCGAGUGGUACUUGCUUGCCAUGCCGGGAAAGAAAAAUACCAUAGUCUACGCCUGCUGCCCUGAACCAUAUGUUGAUAUCACCUUUACUAUACAAAUACGUCGACGUACAUUAUAUUAUUUUUUUAAUUUAAUUGUACCAUGUGUGCUAAUAUCAUCGAUGGCCCUAUUGGGUUUCACAUUGCCACCAGAUUCGGGUGAAAAACUAACAUUGGGCGUAACUAUACUACUAUCAUUAACAGUUUUUCUAAACCUUGUUGCUGAGUCUAUGCCGACAACGUCGGAUGCUGUUCCUCUUAUAGGAGUUACAAUUCUUCUAUCGCUCACAGUGUUUCUCAACCUUGUAGCUGAGACAUUGCCCCAAGUAUCUGAUGCAAUCCCCUUGUUAGGCACCUAUUUCAAUUGCAUCAUGUUCAUGGUUGCAUCAUCUGUGGUGUUAACGGUUGUGGUACUCAACUAUCAUCAUCGCACAGCGGAUAUACACGAGAUGCCACCGUGGAUCAAAUCCGUUUUCCUACAAUGGCUGCCCUGGAUUUUGCGAAUGGGUCGACCCGGCCGCAAAAUCACACGCAAAACAAUAUUAUUAAGCAAUCGCAUGAAGGAACUGGAAUUAAAAGAACGUUCUUCCAAAUCCCUACUAGCCAAUGUUCUUGAUAUUGAUGAUGAUUUUCGGCAUACAAUAUCGGGAUCACAGACCGCCAUCGGUUCGUCGGCUAGCUUUGGCCGACCCACAACGGUGGAGGAGCAUCAUACUGCAAUAGGAUGCAAUCAUAAAGAUUUACACUUAAUUCUUAAAGAAUUGCAAUUUAUAACGGCGCGCAUGCGCAAAGCUGACGAUGAAGCGGAAUUGAUAAGCGAUUGGAAGUUCGCUGCAAUGGUUGUGGAUAGAUUUUGUUUAAUUGUUUUCACGCUCUUUACGAUUAUUGCAACGGUAACCGUGCUGCUCUCAGCUCCGCAUAUAAUUGUGCAAUAAGGCCGCUCAAUUUAGACAAUUAAGCUAGAAAACACACACACUCACAUACAUACACAGGAUACGGAUAUAUUUCUAAUAAACACACACACACACACAUAUGGACAUACAGCACUUGUAUGUAUGUCUUCCAAGUACUUCCCAAAUCGAUGAGGAAGUCCUAGUUAAGUUUCUUUUUUCAAACCUAGCAAAACUGCUUCGAAACAAAGCGAAAAAAUUGUUAAUUACAUUUUUAAGU